AUGUACAAUGGAAUAGGGUUACAGACCCCAAGAGGGUCAGGUACUAAUGGGUACAUUCAGAGUAACAAGUUCUUUGUCAAGCCAAAAGUUUCAAAGGUUGCAGAAAACACAAGGGGGUUUGAGGCAGAUCAAGGCACUGCUGGGCUUACCAGGAAGCCCAACAAAGAAAUCCUUGAGCAUGACCGCAAGCGUCAGAUUCAGCUCAAGCUCGUCAUCCUAGAAGAUAAGCUCAUUGAUCAAGGCUACAGUGAUGCUGAGGUAGCAGAGAAACUCGAAGAAGCUCGCCAAAAUUUGGAAGCUGCUGCCACCGAUGAAACGGAUGGACUUGAAGCUGUAUCUGCAUCAGAUAAGAAGGUUUCAGAUACACAGACUCAUCAAAUUGCUGCUAGGAAAGAAAAACAGAUGGAAUCAUUAAAAGCUGCUCUUGGCAUUGUGUCAUCUGAAGCCAAUGAAAUAAAUGCAGAUGGGACCGAUGGCCUGGGGAAUGAUGGGAAAAGUGGCUCUAAUAUGGAGGGGAAACAUAAUUCAAAGCCUGAACAUGCCUUUCUGGACAGAGAUUUCAGUCGGAAGAAACAAAUGGUUGAAGAUCAAAAGGAUGAAAAUAUUAAGGGCCGUAGAGAUACAAGGCACAACAAGAAGGUUGAAACUCGCAAGAAAAGUUCUGAGGAUGACUCUUCUGAUUCAGACAAGUCUUCUUCUGAUGAGAAAAGAGGUCCAAAGAAGCGUGGUAAAAAGUAUACAAGCAGCAGUGAUGAAUCUGAUUCUAAUAGUGAUGUUAAGAGGAAGGUCAAUGCUGAAAAGAAGAUGAAGAAUUCUAAGCACCACAAGAAGGGUAGGAUUGAGGCUAGUGAUGAUAGUGAUUCUUCCUAUGAUUCUGAUGACAGCAGUAUUGCAAGAAAAAGUUAUAAGAAGAGACAAGAGUCACGUAAGAGGCAUUCUUCAGAGGACAAUUCUGAUGACAGCAGUAUUGCAAGAAAAAGUUAUAAGAAGAGACAAGAGUCACGUAAGAGGCAUGCUUCAGAUGAUGAUUCUGAUGAUCAUGAUGAAGUCCCCAAGCAUAAGACUAAGGAAGGGAUGCAACAUUCAAAAAUGAGUAAACGUCAUGAUUCUGAGGAGGAAUCUGAUGUUGACAGUGAGGAGAAGAAAUAUGGUAGACUUCAGAAGCAGAGGACAAGGAGGCAUAAUUCUGAUGAUGAGGAUUAUGAUAAAGACCGUGCUAGACAUGCAUUGGCUCACAAGAGAUAUUUUAGAAGGGGAUCAUACACUUCCUCAAACAAUAGCAGUGACACUGAUUCAGACAGAAAUUCUAGUGAUCACCGAUACGAAAAAACAAAAAAAGGUGGUUCUGCUGUAGCAAAGAAAGGUAAAGGAUAUGACAUGGAAGAAAAUAAAUCCAGAGAUAGUGGUGCAGAAAAAGGGAAGAACAUUGGUAAUGUUGAUGCAUUGGACUCUCUAAAAAAGUCAUAUGGGAGAGAUUUUACAAAGGGACCAGAUAGUAGGACUCAAGAAAUGACACAAGGUAACAGGAAAAUUGAUGCAGAGAGAGAUAGGGAGCCCUACCCAUUUGCCAAAAAUGAUAGAAAAAUCGAGUCUGAUUCCAAAGCAGUUAGGCUUGCGUGGCGUGAUGACGAUACCUCUGAGCAGAGAGGCAGAAAUUAUCAUAACAAGGAUGUUGAAUCACAUUUUGUUGAUCGAUUUGGUGAGGAUCAUGAAGCAAGGAGGCAUAGAAGAGGCGGUGAUAAUCAUUGGGAGCAUGAGCAAAGAAGGGAUAAUGAUGAACGUGGAGAAAGAAAGCAUGGAAGGGAUGGAGAUCGCACAGGAAGAAAUCACUCAAGGACUGAAGAUGUUGGAGAAAGAAAGCAUGCCAGGGAUGAAGAUGAAUCUAAAGAAGGGAAGCACAGAAGGCAUGAGGAUGGCCGUGGAGAUGACCGAACAGGAAGAAAGCACUCAAGAUAUGACGAUGAUCUUGGGGAAAGAAAACAUGCAAGGGACGAGGAUGAUUCUAAAGAAGGGAAGCGCAGAAAGGAUGAAGAUGACCAUGGAAAGAGGAAGAACUUGAGGAGUGAAGUUGACCAUGUUGAGAGGAAGCGAGGAAGGGAUGAAGAUUAUCAAGCAGGAAGAAAUUACACAAGGGAUGAGGAUGAACAUAGAGAAAGAAAGUUCAGGAGGGACGAGGAUGAUCGUGCAGGAAGAAAGUUCAGAAGGGAUGAUGAUGAUGAUGAUGAUUAUGGAGAAAGGAAGCACUUAAGGGACGAGGGUGGUGUUCAUAAGGAAGCAAAACACAAAAGGGUUGAGGUUGGUCGUGGAGAACGAAAGAACCCAAGGGAGGAGGAUGAUAGAGAGAGAAAAGAUUCAAAGGAUGAUGGUCGUGGAGAAAGAAAGCACAGAAGGGAUGAUGAUGAUGAUGAUGAUGAAGAUGGUCAUGAAGAAAGAAAGCAGCGCAGAAGGGAUGAUGAUGGCAGAGGAGAAAGAAAGCACCGGAGGGAGGAGGAAGAGCGCAGAAGGGAUGAGAGGGAAAGCCGCGGAGAAUAUUCCAAGAGAGCCAAAUACUAA